AUGCCCCCUCCAAGAGGCGGUAGAUCCGGCAGAGGCCGUGGAAUUCGUGGAAGAGGGACUGGUCGCAGAGGUUUUACUUCUUCGCGACUGCACGAUAUCGAAUCUGAAGAAUCCUCCGGCGAUGAUGCAAGCAACAUUCCAAUGGUUGAAGGCGCCGAGGACUUGUCUAUGUCAGAUGGAGAUUCAUCUAGCAGCGAGGAAGAAGAAGAGGAAAAAUUCGCCGGUCGCCCCUACAACGAAUUACUUGAACUAUUGCACGCCAACGCGGACUCGAAGGCACCAGCUCCGAAGCGAAGAAAAAUAGCGAACGAGAAAAAAUCAGAGGAAAAACCAGCCGAAAUUCCCGACUCAGAGGAGGGAGAAGAAUCCGACCCAGGCAACGAUGCGCUGGAAGCCGAUGCGCCUUCGGACGACGAACAAGAGGACCAACAAGCAGAUAAUGAAGACGAAGAUGACGAUGAAGAUGGCCUCGGACCGUUUGAAAAGCAUUUCAAUCAUGGAGAAGGAACUGAAUUGACCAAGCAAAUUACGCAAAUCGAUGCCAAUAAGUGGACUUCAGCUAAGAAAGAAGUGGAGGGACUGCGACUGGUGCGCAGCGUCCCCGAUAUUGGCGACAAUACUCCAUCAUUCCUCCCACCGAUGAAAACCACCGUUGGCCUAAAGCUCAAGAACAAACUGAAGCCUCGUGUCGCGGAACUUCUCCCCACCAUCGAGAGUUCUGCUCAACAAGUUGCGCCCUAUGUAUUCGACUACCAGGAUGUUCUUUUUGGCGCACGCUCCACGGAUACUGCAGAUGCUAUGCGCGAUUUUCUGGCCCUCCAUAGUGUCAACCACCUUGUAAAAACUCGAGACCAGGUGCUCAAGAACAACGCUCGUUUGGCCAAGAACCCCGACACCGAUGUCGAGUACCGUGAUCAAGGAUUCACCCGACCCAAAGUUCUGUAUAUUUUGCCUACUCGACAAGCUUGUGUGCGAGUAGUCAACUCGAUCACUAAGUUCUACCAGGCUGAACAGCAGGAGAAUAAGAAGAGAUUUACCGACUCCUUCUCUGCAUCUGAUGAUGGAUGGAACCACAAGACAGAUGAUGCUCGUGAAUUAUUCGGGGGCAACAACGAUGACAUGUUCCGACUAGGAUUGAAGUUCACCCGUAAAACGGUGAAAUAUUUCUCGCAGUUCUACAGUUCAGAUAUUAUCCUGGCCAGUCCACUUGGUCUACGGACAAUCAUGGACCAAUCUGAUGCAAAGAAGCGAGAUCAUGACUUUCUCUCGUCCAUCGAAGUUGUGAUUGUGGACCACGCCGACGCUCUUCUUAUGCAGAACUGGGACCACAUGACAUACAUCUUCCAACAUCUUAAUCUCCAGCCCAAGGAAGCUCAUGGCUGUGAUUUUAGUCGUGUACGAAACUGGUAUCUCGAUGACCAGGCCCGGCACGUUCGGCAAACCAUCAUGCUAUCGUCCUUUAUCACACCAGAGAUCAACGCGCUUUUCUCAACACAAAUGCAAAAUGCCACCGGUCGUAUCAAGAUGACCCCUGUCUACGCAGGCGCCAUCACUGAACUGCCUCUUCCAGUAUCUGUCAAGCAAACGUUUUCCCGGGUCGACAGUCUAUCACCAGCCAAGGACCCCGAUGCACGAUUCAAGCACUUCACCACGACAAUCCUUUCGAGUCUAGUCAAGAACGUCACAGGACGCGGCAAAGGCAGCGCAGGUACGCUGAUCUUUAUUCCUUCGUACCUUGAUUUUGUGCGUGUGCGCAACCACUUCGCCACCUCCACACAAACCACAAACGUCUCAUUCGGCGCCAUCUCCGAGUACACCGAGAGUCGUGAAAUGGGUCGGGCUCGCAGCCAUUUUAUGAGUGCCCGUCAUUCAGUACUCUUGUACACGGAACGUGCACACCAUUUCCGCCGUUAUCAGAUCCGCGGGGUGAAGCGCGUCAUCAUGUACGGGCUACCGGAGAACCCUACCUUUUAUGAUGAGAUUGUGGCGUUCUUGGGACUUGACCCUUCAGCGUUGGCUGAAGCGGCUGAAGGUGGCGUGCGAGCAUUAUUCUCCAAGUGGGAUGCAAUGAAAUUGGAGCGCGUUGUAGGCACUCAACGUGUGGGGAAUAUGUUGCGUGAGAAGGGGGGUGACACAUUUACAUUUGUCUAG